GCGAGUGGCUGUGAAACGCUGGAGCUCAACCAGUUCGCUUUAUUCUUGGGGCAGAGGUGGGAUGAUGCGCGAUAUGGUCAAAAUCGCGUUACUUGGGCGGCUGGCUGAUUUAGAGCCGUCCCUCGUGGGAUACAACGAAGGGAAGUCUAGGCGAUGGGCUGAGGAAAAUGAGCGACUGGCAGAGAAACGGAAAUGACUACUGGAAGGCCGGGAGUGUGAACAUUUCGAACGAGUUUGUGUUGAUUUCGCGAUCGGCGUGAUAGUGAGUGUCAAGCGGUCUCCUCUAGAUGAUCGUGGUGUAAAAUUUGAACUAAUGCUUUCGGAGAGCAUUCGAAGAACGCCGAGGUCUUGGCUUCUACCGCGUUUCUAAUUUCUCUACCGCGUAUAGGUUCAUAUGUUGAGUUAAUCCGGAUGGCGCAAAACCAUAAGAGUCUAGCACUUCUUGACCGAAGCGUCCCAAAUAAGCUGUGCUUGCUCUACGUCCGGCUCAAGAACAGAAGUGCCAGUCAUCUGGGCAGUCCAGCAGCUCGACUGCCGCAAGCCCUAAUACCGCCUUCGUUCCGCAUGUUCAACCAUUAGUGAGCGAGAGUAGUCGAUGUAUUACGAGGGGUACUGAAAAGUAGACAGUUCGCUAUUGCGAGAAACCCUUUCCUGCUGCAAGAAAACACGACUCACACUUCCGUGAGCAUCCUGAGGCAUUACAGUUUACAACGUGUCAUUCACACAGUUAUCCAAAACCAUAGACAUGUUGAGCGAAAAGCUUUUAUCAUAAGGUAAGUAGAAGAGCUUGUUGUGCGGGCCUGUUAUUGCGGACUUGGCACAAGGCACCCCUGACGGCGUCGAAGGCCAGUUGCUGUCACACUAGCCAGUUGGCAUUGGAAACAAUGGAAUUCUACUCACGAAUCGCGGAAAAGUUUAUACAGCGCAAUAGGAAAUUAAGCGCGCUACCGCUGGAGGCUAUACUCGAGAGGAUCCCGUGAGAUAAACAUGGUCGAGAUGUAGUGGACUAAAUAUUACAGAAAUACGUUCAAUAGGCAUCUAAUUCGCGAAAUUAAAAAUGAAUUUAGCCUGGUGGAACUGAAACUCUCACCGACUGAUACCGCGGAACGUCGUCAUGCGUUCUCAUAUCUUAUCCUUAAAUUCGAUCCUUCUUUGUGCGAUCUUCACACUUUUUAUAGUAAAGCAAGAGGCUGAAGCGUUCUUUUUUGGUUCACGAAACCCGCGUCAAAGAGCCAUUGUUUACUAUGUUUGCCUCAAUUAUGACGCUAUCGACUCGACCCAAGCCAGUGAAUGCAUCUAUUGUCCACAGCGACAGACUCUGGCGUGCACUGGUAUCACCGGCCCUCCGUUGCAAGUGACCCGUUCACAGGCUAACUGCCUUACCAACUAUUGCCUCAGCAGCGUUCUUAAUAUCGGCGGAUAAUUGAGAACUGCAGACUGGCUUCUCCCACACGCAACCAGGCAGAUGCAAGUAGAAGCUAGAUCACCAGAUAGCGUUAUUUGUACUUAUAUGCAGCCAAUACUAAAUCAGGAGAAAUCUCGGACGUCGUCGUGCUUUACCCUCUAUUAUCAUACUUCGGCUAUGAUAGGCGCAACCUUGACCGCUUCCGAGCUUUCGUAUUUUGGCCUUUCACUCUACAAAGGCUAUUCGUACGACCAGUGCUUGUUUGCCAUUAGCAGAAAGAUAAGCGCUAAGAAGACCGGUAUCGCAUUUUUGGCAGAACACAGACCGCGGCGCGUUAACUAUAGUCUCCUUAUAAACGCGAUUGUCUAUUUAAAGUUGGAAACUGGGUCCGAUAGCCUUCACAUUAUAUACCUAUAUUUAAUAGCGCUGUCCCAAAAACAAAAAGCGAUUGUCAUUACGCGCCUCCAAAUUAGUGCCGUUUUACUAUUGGUAAUGAAACAGCGUACUUCAUAAUACAUGUUCAGCAAACUCUUGCUCUGUAUGAUUUGUUACAUCACUAGUCAGUCCGCACGAAACUUUUAAAUAGGUCGAAUGCUCAAAAAUAUCAAAUAAGACACUAUGACUCGAACUCAUUGUGUAAUGGUUUUGUCAAAUGCAAGUGCCAAGGCCUUCUUCUAUAUGAUGGCUGGGUUUCCUAUUAAAAAUCAUUUAUAACCUAGAAGCCUUUGUUCAAGUAAUUAUUAAUCGUAUAAAGUUAUCUAAAAUCAGUUUGGCUUAGUCCACAUCAAAAUUUAGGCCCAGGGGAAGUCAAUUUGAGUGAUUCGCGCGAUCAUUUUUUAUUUAGAAAAAAGAGAGUGACUGAACGAACCAUUUGCUGGUUCAGUGCAGGUUCAGUGAUGGCAGUGGUAUCUUUUUUUUCUUUUUUUGAUGUUUAAAAUGACUUUCGAGCUCUGAAAUUCGCCGCUCUGUGUAAUAGCUAUUGACUAAUCCUUCUGCGAAAACGCAUAGGGCAGGUUUCUCUUAUGUUAAAUAUGUUUAUAUAUACAUGCUGGU